AUGAGUUCGUCUGUGCUUACAUCCGUGGCACGAAAUUCUAUUCGUUCGUUCGGUGCAUACUACUCGACACAAGCGGAUCAAAAAGCAUCUAGUACAGAUGGUGCUCGAGUUAUUUUGCCGGGCUCAACAGCUGUCAGCGCAGACCCACUAGGGGGGAGCAGCCCUACAUACAUUUAUUCGCCGAAAGCGCUUCCGCCUCGGCAAGAUCCAUUGCUUCAUUUUUUUGUGAAUUUGCUCAUGCGCGAUGGGAAAAAGGCUUCCGCUGAGCGAUACAUCGCCGAUAUGCUAGCGGAGAUGGCCAAACUUACCAAUGCUGAUCCACUCCCACUGGUAUAUGAGGCCGUGGAAUUGGCCAAACCCUUGCUUCGUAUGCAGUCGCGAAAACAAGGAGGCAAGUCUCUCCAAGUUCCUAUUCCUCUGAACUCGCGACAGAGUACGCGUCGCGCACUAAAAUGGAUUAUCCAAGCUAGUGAUCGACGUUCUGACCGGUCGAUCAGCCGCCGCUUGGCCGUCGAGGUACUUGCUAUCCUUGAAGGCAACAGCUCUGUCCUUUCGCGAAGAGAUGAGCAGCAUAAAAUUGGUACAAAUAACCGUGCCAAUGCAAGUGUGCGUAUCUAG